GUUGGGUCUAUAUAUAGAAUUGAGGUUCAUUUCAUUUGAUCCAUCACACAAUAUAUAUUUCAAAAUGGCUUCAACAAACAAUUUGUUCAUUUUUGGUCUUUUCCUUGCUAUUGUCCUUGUUGUUUCUUUCCAAGUGGGAGCUACAUCUGCUCAAAAAGGAAGCAAGGCGACUGGCGAUGUCCAAGAAGCUCAGCUUGGAGGUGGUGGAUACCCGGGCAAUGGUCGUGGUGGGGGCUACCCGGGCAAUGGUCAUGGUGGGGGUUACCCUGGACGUGGUGGUGGACGUAAUGGAUAUCCAUGGAGAGGCUGCCGAUAUGGUUGCUGCCGCGGGUACCGUUAUGGCCCGGGAUGUGCAAGGUGUUGUGGCACUGCUCAUGAAGCCCCUGAUGCUCAAUUUGAAGAUGAUAUCAAGAAUUGAUCAAUUUUGAUGACUUCUCUUUGUGUGUCCUAGAAAUAAUGUUGUUUUGCUUUUAAGAAAUAAGGCAUGUUGUCUAGUUCAUUGGACUCUUACUUUAUCACUUAUGUGUGUGUUCAGUUGAUUGACCUUGCCAAUGUUAUCUAGUGAGGGUAUGUUGUGAGCUUUGUAAUACUUUUAUGCAUGCCAUUUGGAGUUUUCCACUAGUGAAGUUACAACAAUAAUAAGAUAUCCACCGUAGUUUCAUAA